GGCCGACAAACCCCUCUUGUCUAUGAUUAUGCCCUUGAGUGGAUGAGGCUGUGCAAAGUCCUUUGCUCUUAAACGUGUUGCUGCUGUUGAGAAUAUUUGGAGGUUUUUCUCCUGGGUUUGCUUUGUUUUUUGAGGUUUUAUUUGAGUUUUGGUUUUAUUUUCCUGGGGCAGAGACAAUGGCUUUCUUUAUGAAAAGUAUGAUAAGUAGCCAGAUAAAGAAUUUAGGACUUGGUGGUGGGUCUGAAGAAAAGAAAGAAGAAGGAGGUACAUCUGAUCCUGCCGCAGCUCAAGGGAUGACUAGAGAGGAGUAUGAGGAAUAUCAAAAGCAAAUGAUUGAGGAGAAGAUGGAAAGAGAUGCCGCAUUUACACAAAAAAAAGCCGAGAGGGCGUGCCUUAGAGUUCAUCUGAGAGAAAAGUACAGACUCCCAAAGAGUGAAAUGGACGAGACUCAAAUCCAGCUGGGUGGAGAUGAUGUGGACGUGCCGGAGGAUCUCAGGAAAAUGGUAGAUGAAGACCAAGAAGAGGAGGAAGACAAGGAUUCUAUUCUGGGGCAGUUACAGAAUCUCCAGAAUAUGGACUUGGAUACCAUAAAAGAAAAGGCCCAGGCCACCUUCACGGAAAUCAAGCAGACGGCGGAGCAGAAGUGUUCUGUGAUGUGAGGGGCACAGAGGGCGAGAGAGGGAACCAGGCCAUGGGCAGAAGAGGCCACUCUCCCGUGGAGCAUUUCGAGCCUUGUAUAUUGUAACGUAGUGAACACAGCUAGGAAAACCACGGUGAUAAAGCUCUCUGCAAACACAUAGACAACAAUUUGAUGUUCUAAAUGUUUCUGGCAGAGCAUUUAGCUAGCACCUUGCAG